CAGAUAUACAGCACAGUUGUGUAACACAGCUCAUGCAUUCCCUACACAUAAAAAUGUCAGCGACCAGAUACCGUCGGUUUCUCAAGCUAUGCGAGGAAUGGCCGAGGGACGAAUCCAAGAAAGGUCGAGAUUUAGGAACGUUUUUACGUCAAAGAGUGGCCAGUGCUUUCAGAGAAGGCGAGAAUACACAGAUUUCAGACCCAGAGAAAUGUGAUCAGAUGUAUGAAAGUUUGGCCCGCAUCAACAGUAAUGUGUACAAAGACAACUUUCCUCGAGCAAAAGAUACAAGUUUUACAGGCGUAACGGUGGAAGAGUGUCGAAUGCUAUUGGCAACGGGAAACAUGCAACAGAUGGAUGAAGAGAAGAAGGGGUUGUGGAAGACACUAAUGGACCGCUUCUCCUCAAAACCUGAAGAUGCCCCCCCUGAAAAAACUGUAAAAUAGUUGUGCUGUACAGAAAUGUAUUUCCUUUUGCAUAUUUUCAAAUAAAAUGAAGAUGUGUAUAUAUAAAUCUUCACUUCUAACAGCUACUGUGGAUCUCAUCAUUAUGAUUCAACAGUUUUCAAAGAAGAAAAACUGGUGUUUGGAAUUGAGACCACUCUGAAAAUCAUAUAAUAUCCAGUAUUAGGAAAUACUUAUUUCAAUAGUCCCAGAGCAGCAAAUAAGCUUGUUUUCUAUGAAAUGGUCCAGUAUCUACAUUAUUAUGAUCCCUCUUGACAAUUCCCACUGGAUGAUUUUAAUUGUUGUUAUUUGUAAUGCUUUGAGUUGUGGAUUCAUUAUCAUUUUUGCUCAAGUAUAUUUUUCAUGCCCUGCACUUAAUAAUCAAGAAUAUAUUU